AUGCCGCACGCUCCCUGCCUUCUGUGGCUCCUUGCUGUCACCUUCUCCCUGGUUCCCAGAACGCAGCCCUUAGCGGCCGGAGACUUGGAAGGAGACGAGCCAGAUGAGACACCUCUGCCGGCUGUCCCCUGUGACUAUGACCACUGCCGCCACCUGCAGGUGCCCUGCCAGGAGCUGCAGAGGGCCGGCCGGAGAGCCUGCCUGUGCCCCGGCCUCUCCAGCGCCUUGCAGCCGCCGCAGCCGCCACGCCUGGGGGAAGUGCGCGUGGAGGCCGAGACUGGCCGCGCCGAGGUGCACUGGUGCGCCCCCUCCUCCCCAGUCCACCAGUACUGGCUGUUGCUGUGGGAAGGCGGUGGGGCUCCGCAGAAGGGGCCCAGCUUCAACUCGACGGUCCGCCGAGCGGAGCUGAAGGGCCUGAAGCCCGGGGGUGCAUACGUUGUCUGCGUGGUGGCCGCCAACGACGCGGGAGAGAGCCGCGCGCCCGGGCCCGGGGUGGAGGGCCUCGACAGCGCGGACGGCCCCAACUUAGGGCCCUGCGGCCGGCUGACUGUGCCUCCGCGGCCGCUCACUGUGCUGCACGCGGCUGUCGGCGUGGGCUCGGCGCUGGCCCUGCUCAGCUGCUCCGCCCUGGUCUGGCACUUCUGCCUACGCCAGCGCUGGGGCUGCCCCCGCCGAGGCCGCCCCAGCCACGCGGGGCUCUGA